AUUGUUAGAUUGUCGCGUGGUCUACCUAUAUGUGCUAGCGGAUCACUGUCCAUAGGUAGACAGUUGUUUUGUACUAAGUGUGGAAGAUAAACGCAUUGUUGUACUUUUUUCACAGUUCAAAACUGGAAAUAAUAAUGGUUUAUUCAGGAAGGUGGUAUAAUUGUUGGAUUGUAUAAGACACAUCGUUGUUUCCCAAAUUGAAUACAGACAUAAUAUAUCAAAAUAUUAUUGGAACAACCGCAUCGAAAAUGGAUUUAUAAAGUGUUCUAGAGUCUACAUAUAACCACACUCUGUUUUAAAGGUCAAAAUGCAACACAUGCUAGCCGGUGUUCCAGUGAUGUACAUUGUACUCGCGGCGGGAGUCACUCUCACGUUAGUAAGCUCGGUUGUGGGAUUUGUUGCCUGGUUGGCAUGUAGACGGCGGCGUGUGAAGCGCCAAGUCGUCUGGAAAAAGACGUUCAAAGGUGAUAGCUCACCAGACUCGGCAUUAGAUCUCAACUUAAAAAUCAGCAAAAGCACACCAGAUCUUGUGAAACCAGACUUCGACGCCGAAGAUCACACAUCAGAACGACACUCAAAGGCAAAAUCGUUUUUCAAAUCUUUACGACAAUCAACAAUGCCUACAGUGUCGCAGCGUCAUCAGCUUUUUCACCGGCACAUGUCGCAUCAAAUUGAUUUGUCUAAAAUAGAAUUCUCCGUGCAAAGCGCAAAACAUACCGAACAACCCAAUCUUGGAGAAAUCAAACCAGAGUUGUACAAACAGGCUUCUAUCGACUCUGUGAAAUCUGAGCAUUCUAUUUGCGGACAAAUGCAUUAUAGUUUGAAAUAUGACUACGAACAGGAAUUUCUCAAUAUAUGCAUUGUGAAAGCAUGCAAUCUCCCGCCGAAAGACUUUUCAGGUACGUCAGAUCCGUAUAUCAAAACGUAUCUUCUGCCGGACCGUAGGCAUAAAUUUCAAACAAAGGUGCACCGAAAAACGCUUAAUCCGGAAUUCCACGAGACCUACUCAUUCAACGUAGCUUUUAAAGAACUCCAGGGACGAAUCUUGCAGUUUAGUGUCUACGAUUUUGACCGAUUUUCACGCCACGAUCUUAUCGGAACAGUAAUUGUUACUGAUAUUGUACCCGAAGGUAACAGGCUGGUCGCCGAAACAUACUUCACCAAGGACAUUUUGUCAACAAAUCAGGAGAAAUUUGACCUAGGGGAGUUGAUGAUAACAUUAUGUUAUCUACCAACCGCUGGGCGUUUGACGUUAACAGCGGUGAAAGCUCGGAACCUGAAAGCUAUGGACAUCACGGGCUCCUCGGACCCAUUUGUAAAGGCAUCGCUAAUAUGUCAAGGCAAGCGGAUCAAGAAGAAAAAGACGACCGUUAAACGAAGCACGCUUAACCCGAUCUACAACGAGGCGAUGGUAUUUGAUGUUCCACAAGAAAACGUUGAGGAUGUUGAUCUGAUAAUUAAAGUUGUUGACUAUGACAGGAUCGGAAGGAAUGAGAUAAUGGGAUGUUGUGGCGUUGGACCUCGCUUCACUGGCAUUGGUCGCGAUCAUUGGUAUGAAACGCUGGAGAACACGCGGAAACCAGUUGCACAGUGGUAUACAUUACAUGAACAUGUGCAUUGCGUGGAUUAUAAAGAAGGGGCGAAAGGUUGUUUCCGUCAUCGACUAACAACCACAGAUUCCACAUGCAGUGAUGGUAGCAUCUAGUAAUUUUCGUAUAUUUUUCUUUUGAUAUACAUGCUUUAUGAUUGUAAAUGCCUUUAAUAUAAUUCAAAUAUAAACUCAUAACAAGGUUUUUGUCAUAAUUAUGUACAUUAUAUAUUUACAUUUACAUAUGAACUAUAUAGUUAAGUGUUUUAAACCAUACCCAUUUUAUU